CACAAUAAUAAACACAAUAGUAUAAGGGCUAUAUCAUAAUUUAGCUAUUGCGGAUUUGUUUUUAACCAUAUCCCUCAAUUAGAUUAUACGGAUAAAACACAAAAUUUACCGAAAAUAACAGUUCGUAACAUUUUAAACACAGAUUCUCAUUUCACAAGGAAAAGCAAAAUUUUAAUUGUGUAGUGUUGUACUAGUGACAAAUACUAACAAUCAAAGUGACAUUAGCUAUAAUCGAAAUCAACUGAAACAAAACAAAAUUUUUAUGGUGGAUUCUUUACUACAAAGUUUACUGCAUCAGUUGGUUAAAAGAUCAUAAUAUAAACACUUAUUGUUGAUUUUUGCAAAGGUUUCGAAUAAAAAGUACACCGACUUGAUCAGAUUAGAAUUUUCAUCGAGAAUCGAAGCAACGAAAUCUAGAACUUGGCGAAGAGGCUGAAGCACUAUUUGACAAUUAAAAUGCUCUAUUGUCUAUCAACAUGUCUCUUUAGUCUCUGAUUUUUGACAGCCCUGGUGGGAAGAGAUUCAGUGCCGAAAAUGUAUAAAUUUACGAAUAGUUUAAAUUACUCUAACUUGGUUUUGGUGAGGAAACAGCUUGGAGAUGGCUCUUGCGCUGCCCUAGUAGUCAUGCGGGCGCCUCGACGCUACGCAACCGGAGAAAAAUGUCAACAUGAGUUGCCAAAGUCUCCAAAGUCUAAAAAACUCCUAUGGGGUUCUAUUGGCGCCGCAAUUCUUACUGGAGCUGGUGUUGUCUAUGCCAAGACUACCCCAGAAGCAAGGAACUUUCUGGAGACAAAUGUUCCAUGGGCUGAUAGAUUUGUGGCCCUCGUCUACCAGGAGAACACUACAUACUGGAAAUUUACUGUGAAUCAAUUUAACAAAGUUAUCACGACUAUUAGCCGUUUCAUGUUUGGCAAGGAGGGUGUUACCCCCAUGGAAUUCGAAACAAGACCAGAACAGGAUUUGGAUAAAUUUGCAGAAGAAUUUUUUGCGAAGAAAACCUAUGAAUUGCCACCUCCGCCACUAAAGCCGUUGUAUGUUGAGGAGACUGUGUAUGAACCCACUACAGUUGAAACUGAAGCCACCAUAAUCACCACGGAGAAAUGUGAGCCCGAGAAACCACCAGUAAUUAAAAUCACCAAAGACAUGGUAGAACUCGAGCAAGAAAUGCAUGAGAACACCAAGAUAGCCAUAGACAAUUACAAAAUAGCCACCAAACAUUGCGUCAAUUACAACAAGGCACUAUUCCAGAUCGUGGAGUCGUCGCUGGAGGAUCUGGACAAGAAGGCGGUGGGGGCGCUGGCGGGCGCGCAGUCGGAGCGCCGCGCGGCCGCGCUCAAGGCCAGGGAGGCCUCCACCAACGCCAAGUGUGCUCUGGACACCCUGGACCGUAUGAUCAAGGCUGGCGUGCAGGCGCCGCCGGAGGUCAUAGCUCAGACGAAGCGCUUCAUCAAACAGUUCCGCGACGACCUCAGCCAGGUGGAGAACGAGUAUAAGGCUGAGCUGGAGAAGGCGGUGCUCAGCGACAAGUACUGGAACAAGGUGGAAGCAGCGCGAACUUUGUUCAAGCAAGAGCUGCAGGCGCUGUUCCCGGGCAUCGACCUCAGCGCCAGGAAGCUGGAGCUCAAGGGGGACACCGACCUCUUCCUGCUCUACAUGCUCAGGAGGAUCCAAUUCCUGCAAACUGAAUUGGCAGAACUGUCAACUAUACGACAGCUGAAGAUCGACAGAGCGAUCGAAUGUCGCGACGACAAAAUGAUAAUUGAAGCGAAAGUCGAAGACGUGAUCAAACGGGAGAUGCUGGAGAAAGAGAAUGAGUUCCAAAAGAAGGCACUUGAGAUUCAAGCCGAGGCGAAUAGGAAGCAGAGGGCGGAAGUGAAGAAACAGGUGGAAAUCCAACAGGAAGUGAUGCAAGACAAACUUAACAGGAAAGAGAAGGAGAUAAUGAACAAAUUCGCCCGCGGCGUCUCUGAACAAGUGGAGAAAGAGCGAGUGAUAUUCAAGAAGGAGCUGGCGGCCAUGGCGGGGAAACUGAAGGCCAUCGAACAGACACUCAAACAGCGUGCGGCGGCGGAGGCCGCGGCGCGGCGCUCGCAGUCGCUGUGGGCGGCCGGCGAGGCGCUGUUGGCCGCCACGCGCCGGCAGCAGACGGAGACCAAGGUGGACAAGGAGAUCAAGGCGCUGGAGAAUGCUGGCAAAGGCGAUAAACUAGUGGAGACAGUGUUGAAAGGAAUCCCCGGCGAAGCUCGUGAGCAAGGAAUCGCCACGGAGAAGUCUCUGCGGGAUAGGUUUGAAGUGUUGGAGAAAACUGCGAUAAAAGUAGCUUUGGUAGGUCGCGACGGCGCCGCCUUGCCCAUCUACUUCCUGUCCUGGUUGCAGUCCAAACUUCUCUUCUCCAAGUUUUCAGAAAUUCCCCAAGACGAAUUGGACAAUCUACCCAUUGAUUUCUCCAAAUUGGACACCCACGACAUCAUCUUAAGGGCAAAAUACCACAUGGACCACAACAACCUGGCGUGCGCGCUGCGCUACAUGAACCUGCUGCAGGGAGCGCCGCGCGCGGCCGCGCAAGCGUGGCUCAGCGCGGCGCAGCGCCACCUCGAGAUCAGACAGGUCGCCGAGGCUGUCAUGGCGCACGCGUCCGUGUCCGCGUUACUGCAUCAGUAGGGCUUCGACCUACUGGAAAAUUCACGAAUGUUCAAGUAUCGUCGGAUACCCAUAUAUGUCGCGUUGGUAACGCAUAAAAUAGUAUAAUCGAUGCUCUUUGUUCUAGCACUGUUUCUUGUAAUCCAUCCAAUAUCAGACUUCAUUGCAAAAAAAAAGAAAAAUAACCCACUGAAAAUGAUGUGAACAGUUGUUGUCAAAAAUGUUAUUACAGAAAAGAUGCCUUGAUUUCAAAGUAACACAAUGUUACGAAAUUUACAAAACAUCUUUUCUAAAAGUAUAAAUAAUUAUAAAUAAUUGAUAAUAAUUAUAUAUCUGUUCAUACAGCGGCGGUAUGAUUUUGUAUAUUUUGUUUAUAAAAUAUCGACAUAAGUUUUUUUUUUGGGUAUUUUUUUACAAAGAGCCUUUAUUAUAAUAUUUAUUCUUGAUAUGUUUUAAGGCUGUCUAGUGAGAGUCAAAUAAAACAUCUAAAAUAUUACUUGAGCAAUUCGCUGGUUCGAAUGCUUAAUGCAAUGCAAAUUCGCACUAAUCGCAGUAGCUUCAGAGUUGUUUUUCCCUUGACCGAGUUUAGCUAAAACACGAUUACGACAUCUAUAUUCACUCAGAGCAAAAAUAACUUUGAUAGAAUUGGAUUAAUUUGCAUUAGGGAAUUUCAAAGUUUUUUUUUGUUGUGGACUUGCGUUUUUCCACAGUAAAAAUAAAACAUUUUAGAAGAUUUAGUUUAAAUGAAUUCAACUAAUUUUGAAAUUACGUAAGAGCUGUAGAUAAUUCUUUUUAUGUCACGAAAUUGUACGAAUAAUUGUACCCGCUCGUAAGGUCUAAUUUCUUUUGAUAGUUAAAAGUGAAUUGAGUAAAAUUGUAAUUUUGAGGUUAUGUUUUUGAUACAUUGAAUUUGUGGUUUAUUACGUUUUUGUUUUAUGAACUUUCAUUAUUCAGAUUUCAAAUAAAAUGAAAAUAGAACGGAAUUUAGUUAAGAAAAAAUAGAAUUAACGCAAAUGUAAAAAAAAUAAUGGCUGCAACUAAGUAAUGCUAGAGAAUUUAGCAAUCUUUUCACAGUUAAAUGUUCGCAUUUAUUCCAUCUGGAUGAUAAAUUAUGGUGCCAGCGAUACUAUACCACGGUUCUUAAUUUUAGUAAUAUGUAAAUAUAACAAUAAAAUGUAUGUAAUUUAAAUUAAAGAGAUGAUUUUUAUUUCUA